AUGAAUAGCCAUUUAGGAUUAAGCUUAUUGAGUAUGUAAAGAACAUACUUACAAUCAUAAUAACCGAAAUUGAAUAAGCAUCUGUUUCAGAAUCUAGUUGAACAUACAAAAAUGGAUUAUACAACUUUGAUGUAGUUAGAACCAACAAUCCCUAUUUAUUUAAAAUAAUUGAAGAAAUGGUCACCUCGUAAGGAAUUAUGCAAGCCAAAAAGAUCAUUACGAAGCACUUCAAAUGAUGGAUCAAGAACUAAACGCGUAAAUAGCAUCUGUGAUAACAAAUCAUUAGAUUAAAAAUAAGAACCAAUAAUUACUCAAAUAUAACCAUUGCCUUGCUUGAUAAAGAAGAAAUAAAAUAUAAAUUUUAAAAUUAAGGUGUCAAACUAAAAACCGAUAUUAGUACCGAAAUCUAAGUAAUAAUAUUGUGAUCAAAUGACUCUCACUCCGUGGUGA